UCCCCGGCCGGCUUGUUUGUCCCUGGCGCCCGUGCCGGCGGCGGCCCCGCCAGCUCCGACUUUAAAGGCUUCACUCUGCUGAUGCCAGCAGUGUCAGUGGGAAAUGUUGGUCAACUGGCAACAGAUCUAGUGAUUUCCACACUCGACAUGACUAAAGUUGGUUACUUCUACACUGAUUGCCUGGUGCCAAUGGUUGGAAAUAAUCCAUAUGCAACAGCAGAAGAAAACUCGAUGGAGCUGAGUAUAAAUGCUGAAGUGUAUUCGUUACCUUCAAAGAAACUUGUAGCUCUGCAGAUCAGAUCACCUUUUAUAAAGAACAAGUACAGGCCAUUCUGUCAAACACUGCUUUCUUGGGUGAAAAGCAGCAAGUGUGCCAGAGUCGUUCUUCUGUCUAGCAGCCAUGCAUACCAGCGUGAUGAUGAGCAACUUCUUGGGACACCACUACGCUACCUACUUACACCUGAUCUUGAGAAAGCAGUUGGAGGCCUUAUGCAGGAGCUAAACUGGAAAGAAAUGGAAAAAGUAGCAGCUUACCCUGGAAUAAAUGAUACGGAAAAAGUUCUACAUAUUCCUGGAGGUGGCAUCACAAAGCUAUUGUUUACGGAGAGCUGUUCAAAAGGAAUCCAAAUGGCAGUUCUCCUGAAAUUCUGCUCAGAAGGGGACAACAUCCCUGAUGCGUUUGCUCUUGUUAACUAUCUUAAUGAAUGGCUCCAGCUAAUUAAAAGCGACGGCAACAAUUCCACAGAUACUUCUUCACAAUGGAAAAUACCAAGUUCUUGGCGCUUACUUUUUGGCAACGGUCUUCCACCUGCGCUCUUCUGAUCAAUUUUGAAUUCUUCUGUAAGUCAUGUGUGCAGUCUCAAACAUCCCCUGAGAAGGUGAUUACAUAGUAAUUGCCAAGCAACAGCAGCUUAAUUUGUUGUGUACAUAAAUUCUUUAUUUAAGAAAAAUUCCUUUCACAUAUGUGGGUAGCUAAAGAAAUUAAGGUAACGUUUCCAAAUUGACCAAAGAAAUAAGUUUUGUACAGUUGUUUAUUGAAUAACUUUGAAUUUUUUUCUAAUAAAAUAUUUUUUAA